CCCCCCAUAUACCCCAGCCCAGUAGGCGGUAGUACCCCCCGCAGUAGACCACCACACCGGAGAGAAAGAAACAUACGCAUCCCACCAACGCGAGCGCCUCAGAGCCUCAGAGAUCCCCAGAAUCGCCCACUCACUGCUACGUUGUACCACAGCGAAGUCAGCAGCGGCAGUAGCAAAGGAGCGGGAUAAGAGCUGGCCGUGGUGGCGCGCGACUUCCCUCCGUCGUCGCCAAAAGCAUCGCGACACCGAGAAACGGCCACGAGCCGAGAGCAGGCGAGCGAGCGAGGGAGCGAGGGAGCGAGUCAGCCGUCUGCCCGUCCGUCCGUCGGCCAUGGCACUAGUGGACGCGCUGUGCGCCUCCAGCGUCGACAAUGCGGCGCUCGUCUACAGCACCUUCAACGCCGCGGGCUUCCUCUUCGACAAUGCCGCGGGCUUCUACGACGGCGCCGGCAUUGCCGGUGCCCCUGCGCACGAGCCUCAGGCGGCCGACGUGGCGGCGCCCGCGGAGAAGCAGGCCACGUCGUCGCCCGCGCCGCCGAGGAGGAAGCGGCGGCGGCGGGCGAGGAGCUGCAAGUCGAGGGAGGAGACCGAGUGCCAGCGCAUGACCCACAUCGCCGUGGAGCGCAACCGCCGGCGCCAGAUGAACGAGUACCUCGUCGUGCUCCGCUCCCUCAUGCCGGUGUCCUACGUCCAGAGGGGUGACCAGGCGUCGAUCGUCGGCGGGGCGAUAGACUUCGUCAAGGAGCUGGAGCAGCAGCUGCAGUCGCUGGAGGCGCAGAAGCGGGCGCUGGCUCACCAGCAGCAGCAGCACAAGGCAGGACGCGACGCGGCGCCGCUGCCGGCGCGCGCCAGCACCAGCGGCGGCAUUGGCAACGCGUGCGUGGAGUCGACGAGCAACUGCAGCAGCAGCGUGACCGAGGCGGACGGCGCGCCGGACGCGCCGCCGUUCGCGGGGUUCUUCACGUACCCGCAGUACGUGUGGCGCCAGUCGCCGCGCGACGCCACGACGCUGUCGGCGGAUGAGAGCCGCGCCGGGGUGGCCGACGUCGAGGUGAACCUGGUGGAGACGCACGCCAGCCUCCGCGUCAUGGCGCCGCGGCGGCCCGGCCAGCUGCUCCGCAUGGUCGCCGGCCUGCAGGCGCUCCGCCUCGCCGUGCUGCACCUCAACGUCACCGCGCUCGACGCCCUCGUCCUCUACUCCCUCAGCCUCAAGGUGGAGGAGGGGUGCGGCCUGACGACGGCGGACGACAUCGCGGCGGCGGUGCACCAUGUGCUCUGCUUCAUCCACGCCGAGGCCGAGGCGGAGGCGGCGUCGCAGCAGCUGCUCGCGCCGGCGCAGUAGGCGACGAUGGCCGCGGCGGCCGGAGGGUUAAGCCGCAGCCCUCUUUAUAUGUACUAGGGCAGCUAGGUAGUGACAUGCCAUUUUAAGGAUUAUAUGGACGAGUCAUGUAAUUUAACCCGUCGGAUCUACUACUACUGGGCUUAGAUGUCGUCGGCGGUGCACGUCGCGCUGCCGCUUUCUGGCAAGUCUGUCCAGUGUGAUGUGGCGGCGUAGUGUACCGUAUUCCGUAGUAGGUUCAGCUGCAUGUGUUUCCGCGAUAUUAUAUUAUAGGCAAGUCGUUUCAGUUUCUCAAAAAACAGAGUCUUAUGUGCCACUGAUUAUUUUCAGUCCAGGCCAUUGAUCAAGUGCUGGCCAUUCCGCUAA